AUGCAGGAUCUAGGCUUAUUAUCAGCAGAGCUUCAGGGAAUACCAAAUCUUCCUCCUGCCUGCACUAGCCCCGGUCUUGCCAGAUGGGUCUCGGCCAUGUGGAAGAUGAGCCGUCCUCAGAAGGUGUGUUUAUGUCCGUUCCUGCCAAUACAUCCGCUAAAGGUCUCCACCUGCUUGUAUAUAAUUCAGCAUCCAGCAGAGGAAAGUCGAGUGUUAAGAACGGUACCUUUGCUAGCAGCUUGUCUCCCUCCAGACAAAUGUAAAAUUUUGGUUGGUCGACGUUUUAGUGAAGACAGGUAUCCUGAAUUAGCAGCUGUGUGCAGAAAUCCCAAUACUCUAAUUUUGUAUCCUGGAGCUGAAGCUACCAAUUUGGAAGAAGUUGCUGUGAUGUCUUCUAGACCAUCUGUUAUGAUCAUCAUUGAUGGAACGUGGAGUCAGGCUAAAGAUAUAUUUUAUAAAAAUCCUCUCUUCCGGCUUCCCAAGCAG